AUCACGUUACUCGGCGUACGAGAGUCGGCUUAGCCUGUGACUUGCGCCCAUUCUUUGCAUUAUCGAAGAUAUUCUCUUGAAUUACACAACAUGAGGCGCCCACCGUAUCUCUUCUUUCUCCUCCUGACCUUCCUGUCCUCCCUCUCCAUCUCCCUUGCCGCCUCUCCGACGUCCUUUUGCAAGUGCACCUGUUUCGGGAACAGCACAAUUGUCGCCCUCGACGCACCAUCCGCUGCUAAGAAGCCCACGAGCCAUGCCGAACCCCGCGCAUCUAAGAAGACGUGCAACGACUGCAACCGCCAGUUCUGCCUUGGAUACAGCUUUUGCACUGGAGAAAAGGAGGAGAAUGUCCUAACUACGUGUUUCCAGAGGGACUCUGCCAAGGAUCAGGCUGUCGUCUUCAUCUUCAUCGGAGCGACACUGGGGCUACUGGGUUGGGCUGGGCUCCGGCCAUGGAUUGAGGGGUGGAGAGAGGCACACCGGCGAAGCUACAUUCCCAUGCCAGGACAAGGCAAUCAGUAAAAGCGGAAGACCAACCCGACAUUCAAACAUGCGUCAUUUAUGCAGCAUAGAUACAAAACAAGAUACCCCA